AUGCAUGUAUAUGCAGUUGAGCUGAUCAAGCUCGUCCUCGGAGUACGGCAAGCCAUGCACGCUGAAUACUUCGAGGAUGGGUUGAUAUAUCCAUUCAUCUAUCCACGAUUCCACGAUACAUGCUCAUAUGUGCCAUCCAAGGGCGAAAAGUCUGGCCUGGCCGAGAGCCUAAAACAAGAGAUCCACUCCAGCGGUAAUGGUGAGAAAAUUUUGCCUGGUGCUGUGUUUACAAAGAAUGCCCCUCCAUACACCCUCCGUAUAGACAGCAGAGAGCAGGAUGAUCAUAUAGUGAUCACUGAUCUACCCGUCGGCUGCUCGGCGACUCGGCGAACCCUCCAGUGA